AUGCGGGCAGCCUUUUUUCUUUCCGUCAUCGCCGCUAGAUUGGCCUGCGCCGAGUCUUUGAACAAGAGUACAGAUGUCUCUGAGCAAAUUUCCGGUGUCUCUUUCGGGUCUCCUCCUCAACCGGUCGUAGCUUACUUCGGCUUCGAUGGACCGGAUCUUCUCAUUCCUCCUUUCAUGAAUGCAACUAAUGGCGCAAAUGUCAGUCGGAACUUUCCAAAAAACGACUCGGAGUAUAUGUAUACGUCUUUCACGGACGAUCCAGUACUUGGAGAACAAAAGGUGGUGGUGAACGGAUUUGAGCUCCAAAAUUUCUCUUUUGAAGAGUACAACCCAAAGUAUGCAUAUGCGGACCAUAUAGAGGUUGGUCUUUGCUUAGUCGACCAUGAGUAUUCUUCCGCUUAUGGUAUUUCCACCAUCGACUCCUUGAAGAGUUCGGGAUAUAUCAAGUCAAGAUCAUUCUCUCUUUUUCAUAACAACAGUGCGCCAAGAUUCGAAGCCAAUGAAGUGUUGUUUUCCGCAAUUGACCAUGGAAAAUACGAUGGGCCGUUGGUGAAGCACAAACAUUACUCUUAUUAUUCUUCGGAUGCCUAUUGGAAGCAUCCGACUCUCGUUAUGGAUGGUAUUGCAGGUUACAAUUUUCUGUUAUCUGGCCAAGUUUACGCCCAAAUAACAGAAAAUACUUGGUGGCUUCCCCAGGAAUAUAAUGACCAAUUGAAUGCGUAUUUUGAGGACAGAUAUGGGUUCAAUUUGACCAACGUGUCCUGUCUGAUCAUGGACCUGACGGAGUACAUCUCCUUUUAUUUCAGCGGUGUCGAAUACCGGGUGUUGGACUCUGCAUUUUUUUACACGUCUCAUGAGAAUGGAACCACAACAUGCGUUUUUUCGGGCGUCUUGAAGUAUUACAACACCGACACUUAUCAAGUCAGUAGAAAACUCUUCGACCACCAUUACCUCGUGGUGGAUUAUGACAAUGAAGAAAUUGCUAUUGCCCAAGCUGCAACCAAAUCCAAACCCCAGACAAUCGAGGAAAUGUCCACAGGCAUUCCUCUGGCCACCCCAGCGAAAUACUAUAGCUACUCCUCGUUGGAAAGAAAGACAGUAAUUCUCAGUGACUCGCAGUUCUAUUAUACAACAACGGCCCAUCCAACUUACUCAAUGUACACAGGCCAAAGGUUGGGCUGGAGUGCCACCGAGUCAUUUUAUUCGUCUCAAACGAGUUCUUCCACUCCUUCUGAUUCCGUUACAUCGGCAAAGCCAACUGCAUCUUCGACGGCUAGUAAUAGCACAAAAGCCAGUUCUUCGUCUAAAGGAGCAGGAACUCUGAAAACGGCUGGCGCUCUCACUUUUGUUGGUCUUCUUAGUGCGAUGAUCAUGUUUUAG